CGCUAGUCGUUUCUCGUUCAGCAAACACAGUCAGUGGGGCCAGUAACUCUUAGCUCGUUCAGUGCGUUUAGAGGUGCGGUAGUUUGUGGCCGCGGUUUAGUGAUAUGGGAUCGCACGUGUGAUUAACUUAGUGCUUCUGAUUUUACAGUAACAUUUUAACAUGACUUAUGUGAUAUUCAACCAAUUUCAACGAAUUUUCUUACUUUCAAUUUUAGAAAAACUAUUAAGGUAGUUUACCGUGGUUGUGGCAAUAAGACGAACGAACAUUAGCAAACCGAUAAAGUUUAAGUGUCCGACGGAUAAUGUAUUUAUUUCUGUGUUAUAUCUAUGUUUGUGUCGUUUUUGUGAGUUUAUCUGAAGCACAUUACACCCAACAAUGGGCCGUCCACAUCGAAGGUGGGCCCCAGGUAGCUGACGAGGUCGCCCGAGACCAUGGCUUCGAAAAUCAAGGCCAGAUAUUCGAGGACUACUACCUCUUCACUCACAGUGGAGUGUCCAAGCGAUCUCUCAGCAUGAAUACGGAAAAUCGGGCAAGACUAGCAGUCGACACCAGAGUCAGGUGGUCAAAACAACAAACAGCAAAAAAACGAGUUAAGAGAGACUUAAGACUGCAAGACUCAGACCCCAAAUGGCCCAGCAUGUGGUAUCUGAAUAGGGGAAAUGGUUUAGAUAUGAAUGUUAUUCCCGCCUGGCUGGAGGGCAUAACAGGCAAAGGCGCUGUCGUAACGAUUCUAGACGAUGGUCUCGAAAAGGACCAUCCUGAUUUAGUACAAAAUUACGACCCCUUGGCCUCAUACGACGUCAACAGUCACGAUUCUGAUCCUAGUCCAAGAUACGAUAUGAUAGACUCCAACCGGCACGGUACUCGGUGUGCUGGCGAAGUGGCUGCGACUAGUAAUAACUCGGUUUGCGCUUUGGGUGUAGCCCACGGUGCCCAAGUGGGUGGCGUGCGUAUGUUAGAUGGAGAUGUAACCGACGCGGUGGAGGCUCGCUCCCUGAGUCUCAACCCGCAGCACAUCGACAUCUACAGCGCCUCUUGGGGUCCCGACGACGAUGGGAAAACCGUCGACGGGCCCGGGGAACUCGCCACUCGGGCGUUCAUCGAAGGGGUGACCAAGGGCCGUAAUGGGAAAGGUUCGAUUUUUGUGUGGGCGUCGGGGAACGGCGGGAGAGAUCACGAUAAUUGCAACUGUGACGGGUACACGAAUUCGAUCUAUAGUUUGUCGAUAUCGAGUGCAACGGAACAUGGACACGUUCCGUGGUACAGUGAGGCGUGCAGUUCCACCCUAGCCUCGACUUAUAGUAGCGGGGCUGUGGGGGAGCGCCAGGUGGUCACCACAGACUUGCGAUAUUCUUGCACUAGUAGCCACACGGGGACUAGUGCCUCGGCUCCUCUCGCAGCGGGCAUUUGUGCAUUGGCUUUGGAAGCCAAUCCGAACUUAACUUGGAGAGAUAUGCAACAUAUUGUUGUGCGGACGGCAAGACCUGAAAAUCUGAUCGCUGCUGAUUGGCAGACCAAUGGAGUGGGCCGAAAUGUCUCACAUAGCUUUGGGUACGGGCUUAUGGAUGCUUAUGCUAUGGUACAGCUUUCGAGGAAUUGGAUCACAGUGCCUGAACAACACAAAUGUGAAAUUACUGCACCUCACGUCCAAAGGCCUAUUCCUGCCAAAAGCGUAGUCGUUUUACAGUUACAAGUAAAAGAGUGUGAAGGAGUAGAAGUUUUAGAACAUGUCCAAGCUAAAUUAACUAUUUAUUCGCAAAGACGUGGCGACCUGAAUAUUCAGUUGACUUCUCCUAUGGGAACUCGGGUAACACUAUUAGCUCAUAGGGCCCACGAUACUUCCAGAGUUGGAUUCUCUCAUUGGCCUUUUAUGUCAGUACACUCAUGGGGAGAAACUCCUUUCGGAACCUGGCAAUUAGAAAUACAUAACGAUGGACGCCUUCUUGCGAAUGUGACUGCUUGGGAUUUGACUCUGUAUGGGACUGCAACACCUCCAGCUACCGACUUAAAGCAGGAGACGGUUCAUCAGCCUUCUAUUGUUGACGUUUACCCCCAAGAAAUCGAUGACAAUUCGAUUCAAGAUGCGUCUGCUAACUCUCUCAAGUUCGGUGCAGAGGUUAAGAAAGAUACGUCCGGUUGCUUAAAAACUAAUGGCCAGUUAUGUUUAGGUUUGUGUAUUGUUAUAAUUAUGUGCUGCACGUCCUCAUAUAACUGCCAAGACACUCUCUAUGUCCUAUUAAUAUAUACUAUCAAUUCACUAAUUUUCAUUUUCGAUUUGUAUUUAAACAUUCGUAUCAAGUCUUGCCACAUUAAACGUAGCAUCAUUGAAUUUCAUAAUGUAAACAGAUCAUACAAUCUUUACUGUAUACAUUCAACCACAAAUCAAAACAAAGAAAAUUCUGACAACAAUUUUCACAGAGACACACGGAAAAACAAAUGUAAAGUCACACGACAUAUAUUUAAAGAUGUUUUUUUGAAUCGUACGUUUAGAUUUUUUUUAGGAAAAGUAGUAAAUUUAAAGAUUUUUUUGCGAAUAAUAUAUCAUAAUAUUCGUGAAUGGUUACAUAGACUAAAUACGCUUAGAUUAGUAGUACUAUUUUGUGAUAUCUUAACGUUUUAUAUAUUUUUUAAGCUAAAGUGUUCAAUAUUAUACAUGUUACCGUCAUAUUCGGAAGUCUUCAACUGAAUUUCUUUCAACCGUAAUAUAUUUACAUCACUCUUAUCAUAUUAUGCCAAUUUUGUUAUGUUUAUCAAAUAUUUAUUUUUUGUCUAUUGUACAGUUUUAUUGUUUUAUUAACAAUUCUAUAUAUUGUCCAGUGAAAUAAACUAGCUCGAUCACUAUUCACUUUGUACUUAAGCAAAGUUACUUCACCUGUUUUGGUCCACGCAGUAAGGUUGACACUUUUUGUACUUUCCACAUUUUUUAAUGUUCGCCUGUCUGAAAACAUACCAGUAUUUCGCGAGUAAUAUUAAGAUGUAUGUGCCAAAUUUAAAAGUAAGUAGGACGUAGAUGUUACAAAAAGGACAAGGUAAUCGCAGAACUGUUCCGUAUUAUUCGACAUAUAAGUGCAAUUACCUAACAACCUACAAAAGUACCAAUACUUUUAGACAAACGGAAAUACAAUAAAGGUGGUAUAGAUCGAUAUGUUUUACGUUUGGUUUAUUUUUCUACUUUACACGCAAUGGUAAUGUUAGCUGUGAUUAUUUAAUUAUUGUACAUACUUAAAAGACUCAUUUAUAUUUUAUUAUGUUGUUAAUUUUUUAAUAGUAGUUCCUGAAACAAGUUCACCAUUAAUAUUAAGGUACCUAUGUACAUUGAGAAUUUGUCUGAUACUUAAAAUUGUAAGUAAAUUACUUAAUAUGCCUUAAUUUUGUCACGUUGAUUUGACGAAUACUCGACCGAGUAUCAGCUCAAUGAAUGAAUGGGUGUUUGUGUGUAGUAAAUGUCUGUACUUAUCUGUAUUUUUAACUUUAGUCUUAGAUAUUUUGAAAAAUUCUUUAGUCCUCAAGGCCUAGUCUUUAGCCAUUCUGUUGAGAUUUUAUUUAUUUUUACCAAAGACUCCCUCUUUGGCUGACUUUUUUAUGCAUCAUUCUCAACGGACUUGCUAAUAACUAAAAUAUAUUGUUAUAAUACAUGUACAUCACCUGUUUGUAAACUAUAAAAGAAUAAUAAAUUGUGGCUAAAACGAA